AUGUCCCCACGUUCUCCUCCCGCUUUUUCCACUCCGCAGGUGAACGUGUGGGACUACAACUCACGGAGGUUACUGCAUUCAGUGGACUCAGGCAACUCGGGCAACAUCCUCUGUGUGAACGUGUGGGACUACAGCUCGCGGCGGCUGGUGCAUUCAGUGGACUCGGGCCACUCGGGCAACAUUUUCUGUGUGCGCUUCAUGCCUGAGACGGGGGAUGAUGUAUUAGCCUCUGGCGCUGGGGACAACGAGGUGCGAGUGCACAGGCUCUCACGCUCCACUGCUCCUGCCCCUACCACGUCAUCCUCCCCCUCUGCAACUGGUUCGCCCGGUGCCGGUCGGCAAGAUUUGUCUGCAUCCGGCGGUCCGUCCCAUUCAUCAGAGCAGGCAGCAAUGUUCCGGUGCCACAACCGACGGGUCAAGAAGCUUGCGGUGGAGGAGGGCAAUCCGCAUGUGGUGUGGAGUGCAAGUGAGGACGCCACACUGCGCCAGCACGACCUGAGGGAGACGUCUGUCUGUCCUCCGCCCACCACACACGCGCGCCCGCACUCGCCUCUCCACCACUCCCUCUUUCACGGCGCCUCAGAAUGCCGCAGUGUGCUGCUUGACCUUCGGGCAGCUGGAAAAGUUUCGCUCGAGGAUCCUGCUCGCGAUUCAUUGGCUCUCAAGUCUUGUGCCAUCAGCCCGACCCGGCCACACCUGCUGAUGGUGGGAGGAAGUGACGCCUUUGCUCGCAUCUACGACCGUCGAAUGCUCCCGUCACCCUCCUCCCUCUCGCGCGCCUCUCCUCGCCCCAAGCCCCCGCCCCCUCUGCUCCUGCUCGCCCCCAGUCACCUUUCUGAACCGCAAGGGCGCUCAGGCCUGCACCUGACCCACGUGGCCUUCUCAGCCAAUGGGGAGGAGGCGUUGCUGAGCUACAGUGGCGAGCACGUGUACCUGUUUGACCUGGAUCGAGCAACCCUGCCAUCUAUGAUUUACACUCCUGCUGACGUGGCGGCGUCUCACAGGUUGGCUCCGCUCAAACCCUCGGACAUUCAUUACAAUCACACCGCCGGCCCCACCACCACCACCACUGUCAGCAACGGCCGCACUAACGGGUUUUGCCAAUCAGGCAACCACAACCAGCAGCAGCAAGAACAAGAACACAUUAUUUGCAGCAACAGCAAGCAUAAGCCCUCCUCUCCUCACUUGAAACCCCACGGUCCUAAGCCCGUUGCAGCUAAGCCCGCACAGCCUGCUAGCUUUGGGGAGAAAGAUAAGAACGGCGCUCUUCCGAAGCAGAGCGACAGGUUCGGCAGCGCCAGCAGCAGCAGCGUGUGGGAUAGGUACACCAAUGGACGGACUGAAUUGCCUCGGGCAGGAGUGGUUCGGGACCGAGCCGUGGGCCCAGGCUUGGGACCAAGGGACCGGGAUUAUACCAAGCUGCAAGAAUGCGAGCAGCUGCUGGAGGAAGCUUCUGCGAUAGUUCUCGGCCUAGAAUCCGAGUCAGAAGCAGCCAGGCCGGCAGGCGAGGGGGGAGAGGGGGCGGGAGGGGCAUCAGGACCUGCCUCAGGUGCCGCCCCAGGUGCCGCCUCAGGUGCAGCGUCAGGUGGGGCCGGCAGGAGGGCGUCAAGGGAGAGCACGCGGGCUCAGCAGGUGGCGUCUGGGCGGCGGGCCAGCCUGGCGACAGACCUGUGCAGUGCGGUGCUGGAGGAGGGGGGGGAUGUGAUUGGGCCGGGGGUGCGGCACGAUGCGCUCUGCACCAGAGCUGCUGCAAUGCUGGAGAGGGGAUGGAAGAAUGACGAUCUGAUGGUGUUGCGUGACUGUAACGAAGCCAGGCGGAUCCUUCCCACGUCCAUCCGCGCUCAUCUCUACAUGGCCCAUGCCUUCUCCCAGCUGGGCCAGCAUCAGGAGGCGGUGGAGUUUGCAGAGCGAGCAGCCAUGUUUGACAGCAACCUCUCCUCCUACGUGGUGUCUCUGCGAGCCAAGAUGGCUGCUGCAGGCUUGGCUUCGACCGGAGAGGCACCAGCAACAGUGGAGGAAGAGGAGCGAGUGGGGCCGGAGGGAGUGAGGAGAGAAGGCGUGGGGGCAGAGGGACAGGAGGCAGGGGCAUUGGGGGCACGGGGAGCAGGGGAUAGGGGAGAGGGUGAUAGAGUGGAGGGCAGUGAGGCGAGGAGGGAAGAGGAGGUGAAAUUGGCAGAGGAGGGAGUAAAGGAAGAGGGUGGGGAGGAGGGUGCAGAGGAGAACGAGGCGGAUGAAGGGGAGGCGGAGGAGGAGGAAGAGGAAGAGGAUUUUGAGGUUCGUGUGGACGUGAGACUGGGUGCUGGCGUAGAAGCAGAGGAGAGAGAAGCAGACAGGGGGGAUGAACUCGUGGGAGGAGGAGCGGGAGGAGUGGGAGGAGCGGGAGGAGCGGGAGGAGGAGGAGAAGCGAGUGGGGGAGCAAGGAGGGUGAGUCUGAAUCUUAGACUGAGGAGGAGCAGAGAAGGGGAGGAGGACCGAGAGGAGGAGGGAGUGCGACGGGAGAAGAGUGCGCGAGGGGCGGGUGGAGAGACGAGGAGAAUGGGGGGCGGGAGUGUGGGCGCGCGGGAGGAGGGAGAAGAGGAGGACGAGGAGGGGGAGGAGGGUGAGGAAGGCGAGGAGGAAGAGGUGAAAAGGGGGAUGAGGGCAGUGGAUAUGCGGCAGCGCUUUGUGGGGCACUGCAACACGGGGACGGAUAUCAAGCAGGCGUCUUUUCUGGGCGACCGGGGGGAGUUUGUGUCGAGUGGGAGCGAUGAUGGGCGGUGGUUUGUGUGGGAGAAGCGCACUGGCAGAGUGGUGAAGAUGCUGGCAGGGGACGAGCAUGGUGAGUGGGACGAGCAUGGUGAUGGGACGAACAUGGUGAGUGGGACGAACAUGGUGAGUGGGACGAGCAUGGUGAGUGGGACGAGCAUGGUGAGUGGGACGAGCAUGGUGAGUGGGACGAACAUGGUGAGUGGGACGAGCAUGGUGAGUGGGACGAACAUGGUGAGUGGGACGAGCAUGGUGAGUGGGACGAGCAUGGUGAGUGGGACGAGCAUGGUGAGUGGGACGAGCAUGGUGAGUGGGACGAGCAUGGUGAGUGGGACGAGCAUGGUGAGUGGGACGAGCAUGGUGAGUGGGACGAACAUGGUGAGUGGGACGAGCAUGGUGAGUGGGACGAGCAUGGUGAGUGGGACGAGCAUGGUGAGUGGGACGAGCAUGGUGAGUGGGACGAGCAUGGUGAGUGGGACGAACAUGGUGAGUGGGACGAUGAGUGGGACGAGCAUGGUGAGUGGGACGAGCAUGGUGAGUGGGACGAGCAUGGUGAGUGGGACGAGCAUGGUGAGUGGGACGAGCAUGGUGAGUGGGACGAGCAUGGUGAGUGGGACGAGCAUGGUGAGUGGGACGAGCAUGGUGAGUGGGACGAGCAUGGUGAGUGGGACGAGCAUGGUGAGUGGGACGAGCAUGGUGAGUGGGACGAGCAUGGUGAGUGGGACGAGCAUGGUGAGUGGGACGAGCAUGGUGAGUGGGACGAGCAUGGUGAGUGGGACGAGCAUGGUGAGUGGGACGAGCAUGGUGAGUGGGACGAGCAUGGUGAGUGGGACGAGCAUGGUGAGUGGGACGAGCAUGGUGAGUGGGACGAGCAUGGUGAGUGGGACGAGCAUGGUGAGUGGGACGAGCAUGGUGAGUGGGACGAGCAUGGUGAGUGGGACGAGCAUGGUGAGUGGGACGAGCAUGGUGAGUGGGACGAGCAUGGUGAGUGGGACGAGCAUGGUGAGUGGGACGAGCAUGGUGAGUGGGACGAGCAUGGUGAGUGGGACGAGCAUGGUGAGUGGGACGAGCAUGGUGAGUGGGACGAGCAUGGUGAGUGGGACGAGCAUGGUGAGUGGGACGAGCAUGGUGAGUGGGACGAGCAUGGUGAGUGGGACGAGCAUGGUGAGUGGGACGAGCAUGGUGAGUGGGACGAGCAUGGUGAGUGGGACGAGCAUGGUGAGUGGGACGAGCAUGGUGAGUGGGACGAGCAUGGUGAGUGGGACGAGCAUGGUGAGUGGGACGAGCAUGGUGAGUGGGACGAGCAUGGUGAGUGGGGCGAGCAUGGUGAGUGGGGCGAGCAUGGUGAGUGGGGCGAGCAUGGUGAGUGGGGCGAGCAUGGUGAGUGGGGCGAGCAUGGUGAGUGGGGCAAGCAUGGUGAGUGGGGCGAGCAUGUUGAAUGGUGGGGUGAGACAUGUGGUGAACUGCAUUCAGUGUCACCCAGUCGACUGUUGUGUCGCCACCAGCGGCAUCGAUGACACCAUCAAGUUGUGGACGCCCCAUGCACCAUCGGCAUCAAGGGUAGCAGCAGGGGUGGGGGGGCCUGAGCCGGCCGACAUGAUUCGAGUGAUGGUGGAGAACCAGCAGCGCAUGCGCCGACCUCGCGAGUUCUUUGCGUGA